GCCGGGCGCCCGGCGAUGACGUCACAGUCCGGCCGCCAUGACACUGGAGGCAGAGUAGAACGCGCUGCCCGUGCCCAUGGACAGCGGGAGAGGACGGGGCUGAGGGGCGGAAUGGCCUCCUCGGUGGUCAGAGCCACGGUCCGGGCCGUGAGCAAGAGGAAGAUACAGGCCACUCGGGCCGCCCUUACUCUGACUCCGUCAGCUGUACAUAAGAUAAAACAGCUUCUUAAAGAUAAACCUGAUCAUGUAGGUGUGAAAGUUGGAGUCCGUACAAGGGGAUGUAAUGGACUUUCAUACACGUUAGACUAUACAAAAACAAAAGACGACUCUGAUGAAGAAGUAAUUCAAGAUGGAGUCAGAGUGUUUAUUGAAAAGAAAGCACAACUGACACUUCUAGGAACUGAAAUGGACUAUGUAGAAGACAAACUAUCCAGUGAAUUUGUUUUCAAUAAUCCAAACAUCAAAGGAACAUGCGGCUGUGGAGAAAGCUUUAACAUUUGAAAUAUCAGGACUAUUACCUUGGCUUUUAACACCAUGAAACACUUCUUCAUCAGUGUGACCUUUUAAAGCUGUCACAUUUCUUUCAGGUUUUUAGGCUUUGUAAAGUGUGGCUGCAUUUCAAGGAAAAUAAAGUGAAUGCAUUUUGGAAAUGUAA